AUGGCUGGCAGAACACUUUGUAUCCUUGGCUGCGGAAACCUUGGGACACCAAUUCUAAAAAGUUUACUGGAAUCCCCAGAAGACUCGAAAGCACACUUCUCCAGAUACAUUGCCUGUGUUCACAGCGAAUCGUCGGAGCAAAAGCUAUUAUCCCUAUUCUCCAAGCAUAAAGAGUCUGGAAAAGUACUCAUCUCACGGGGCAACAAUGUCAAAGCCAUUCAAGACUCCAAUAUCGUCAUCCUCGGCGUCGACCCUUCCGCCAUCGAAGCCACGCUGAAGCAAGACGGCAUCGUUGCAGCACUCAAAGGGAAACUCAUGAUCAGCGUCGCAGCCGGCUGGUCACGAGAAAAUCUCGAAGCACUCGUUUCCGCUAAUUCGUCAAAUGACAAAGACCGGACAUGGGUCCUUCGUACGCUCCCCAACGUCUGCGCACAAGUAUCUCAAUCUCUCACAGCGAUCGAAGAUCCGGCUCCAGACUUUCCCGCAGAACAUAUGGAGAUCGCCGACGCCAUAUUCUCUCAAGUCGGGAAAGCAGUACAUAUCGCUCCUCGCCUGAUGAAUGCCACAACCGCUGUUGGCGGUUCAACGCCCGCGUUCUGGGCUGUAAUUUGCGAUGCGCUGAUUGAUGCAGCAGUUGCAGUCGGGCUGCCGAGAGCAAUGGCGCAGGCACAAAUUUACCAAAGUAUGAAGGGCAGCGCGGAGAUGUUGCAGAGUGGUGUGCAUCCAGGGUUGUUGAAGGAUCAAGGUACGAGUUCAGAGGGAUGCACGAUCGGCGGUUUGAUGGUGUUGGAAGAAGCGGGUGUUAGAGGUCAUUUGGGACGGGCUUUGAGAGAGGCAGUGACGAUUGCGAGGUUGAUGGAGAGCGGGAAGGAAGACUUACACGUUAAUGAUACGCGGCAGUAG